AACAUACAAUAAUUAUGAAUAAUAUCCAUCAUAAUGAAAUAUUUGGUUCACAAACAAUGACUGAACAACAGAUUACGAUUGCUGCUAAUCAAACUGCGGCCAGUCAUUUAAUUCAAACGACAGCACUACCAUCAGCAUCGUCGAAUACGAAUGCAAUUAAUAAUGGACAACCGAUAACAAUUGCCGGACAACCAUUAAUGGUUCAGGCAUUAUCCACAACCGGCCAACAAUCGAUACAAUUACAAACGAAUAGCAGUAAUAAUCAUAGUCAACAACAAUUUUCGCAAAUUAUCAUGCCCGCUGGUCAACAGAUUAUCCUACAGCCACAACAACCACAAACUGCAACAAGCUCAAUUCUUCAAACAACCGAUGGUCAAACGGCAAUAAUAUGUCCAGAUAAUUCACAACUGCUGCAGACAUCACAAGGAUUAUUGCAAAUUCAAUCAUCAGGAACAAUUAUGAAUAAUAGUGGGCCACAAAUAUCACAAAAUACUGCCAAUAAUUAUCUGGUUCUAGUACCGAAUGCUAAUGGUGGUGGUCUACAAAUGUUAUCACGUUUCCAGACAUCAGCACAAACGACGACGACAAAUGAUACGACUACAACCACAACCGAAGAGGAACCUUUGUAUGUAAACGCUAAACAAUAUCAUCGAAUCAUAAAAAGACGAUUGGCCCGAGCUAAACUCGAACAACAGGGUAAAAUAUCGAAAACACGACGAAAAUAUCUUCAUGAAUCAAGACAUCGUCAUGCAAUGAACAGAGCACGUGGUGACGGUGGUCGUUUCCAUUCGAUCGAUGUUCCUAAAGAUACUGAUGAUAAUGGAUACGAUAUGAGUAGUAGUGAUGAUUCACAUUCAACAUUUACCUCAUCGACUGAUAGUCGUCAUCAUGAUGUUCAUAAAUCUCAUUUAUAAAUGCCAUCAAAAUGAAGCUGUUAUAUAUAUUAUAUUCCAUACUUUUUUAUUUUCACACAAUCAGACAAAUAGAUAACACUCAACUUGAAUAAUAAAUCAUAGACAAUUAGCAGGCA